UCUGUCACGGUAUAAUUGGUUUUUGGGUACACCCGCAAUAGAGUAAGCAAUUAGAAAAAAAUUAGGGUGUGAUCGGGUUGAAAGAAAAUGAGAUGGAGGCAAGAAGGAGGAAUCUUACCAGUGGAGGAGUGUUGCUGCUUCUUCCGCACACAUUAACAUUUUGAUUAGAUGGUUCUGCUUAUCAGUUAUCACAAUCUCUAGAUAUUAGACAUAUCUAGAAGAGGAGAGAGAGAAGGGGAGGGGAAUAGGUGGUUGUGUUUCACUUUCCUUAUAACGCUUGUCUAGGUUGAUCAAGUUUCCAAAUUGUGAUUCCAAUAGCCAUGCUUCGCCUUUGGGGUAAAUCUCAUCAUGAUCAAGAGAAGGAUUUGCAGAAGUCUGAUUCCAAGGUUCAUGAGCUUAAGGCUGCACUUGGACCACUAUCUGGACGUAGUUUACAGUAUUGCAAUGAUGCAUGCUUGAAGAGAUAUUUGGAAGCUCGGAACUGGAAUGUAGACAAGUCAAAGAAAAUGCUGGAAGAAACACUGACGUGGAGAUCAACCUAUAAGCCUGAGGAAAUCCGCUGGAGUGAUGUUGCGACUGAAGGUGAAACUGGAAAAGUAUUCAGAGCAAAUUUUCAUGACCGGCAUGGGAGAACUGUUCUCAUACUGAGACCAGGAAAGCAGAAUACAACAGCACUAGACAAUCAGGUCCGUCACUUAGUAUAUCUCUUGGAGAACGCUAUCCUUAAUCUUCCAGAAGAUCAAGAACAAAUGGUAUGGUUGAUAGACUUCACUGGAAUGACAUUCAGCAACAGUGUGCCCAUCAAAAGUGCUCGAGACACAAUAAAUAUUUUACAGAACCAUUACCCUGAGAGGCUAUUCUUAGCAUUUCUUUACAGCCCUCCACGGAUUUUUGAAGCUUUCUGGAAGGCUGUCAAAUAUUUAUUGGAUGCCAAAACAUUCCAGAAGGUGAAAUUUGUGUACCCAAAGGAUAAAAAUAGCGUUGAGUUGAUGAGUUCAUAUUUUGAUGUGGAAAAUCUUCCAACCGACUUUGGAGGAAAGGCCACGAUGAAUUAUGAUCAUGAGGAAUUCUCAAGGCUAAUGACCCAAGACGAUGUUAAAUCUGCCAAUUUAUGGGGAUUCGGCGACAAGCUGCAGCAUGUUAGUAAUGGACAUUCUGUAGCAGAGGUGUCUCCAGAGCCUGCACGCCUAGCACCAGCAAGCUGAGUCACCCUCUUCUUAACUCGGCUGUAUUUUUGUCACAGGCUGAGGAAGAAUCAGCAAGAUAUCGGCUAUGGCUGGAACUAGGAUGGCCUGAGUAAAUGAUGACGAUAAUCAUGGGUUUACUAACAGCAGAUAUCUUAGCCAUGUUCUGGACAAUAUAAACAUUUUUACUCUUAUCCCUUUUAUAUUUUACUAGUUAAAAGGGGAACAGUAUCUAGUAUCUAGUAUCUAGUAUAUCUUUCUUUACUCUGCCCUGGAUGCCUAGUUUCUUUGAAAUAAACAGAGCAAUUAGCAUGAUAUUAUCUCGUUUUUCUCU